UAUAAAACUAUAAAUAGAAGGGAAUUUUCACAAAAAUAGUAAUUCAACACUUUCAGUUUAGCACUCGUUUCAGUUGCAGAAUUAAUUGAUGGCCGCUAAAUAUAAUAGAGCAGUAAAACAAAAUAAUCCAACCAAUGACUACAUUCUGAUAUCAAGCAAUGAGGAGGCGAAGGCAUUAUUUCAAAGAAUACAUAGGAACAAACACAAUAUUGUGACACUUGGUUUAGACGUGGAAUCUGUUGAAUUGGGAAGUUCAGUUGUUUGCAUCGUACAAAUAAAGAUACAAGACGAAUCUCCAUACAUUAUAGACAUAUAUGGGAGUAAGAUAGAUUUAAAAGCUACCUUAUUCAACGAAAUAAUGAAAUCAGAAGAGAUUGAAAAGGUGACUCAUGAUCCUAGAAAUGAUAGCAGGAUGCUGUAUGAGACAUUCCAGACAGAGAUGCGAUAUGUAUUUGAUACGCAGACCUUCCAGAUGACAGUUGAAAAUCAGUCUAGCCAGGCAUUAACAACAAGAAGAUUGCAAUGCCAAAGGAAAUCGUUGGACUUUAUUUAUGUAAAGUAUGUAGGACGUUUUCCAAAUCAAAAAUUGAAGGAUGAUAUGAAAAGUCAAAUGUCGGAAGAUCAGACCAUUUGGUUGAGACGGCCAUUGACAAGAGAAAUGGCUUUGUAUGCAGCAUUAGAUGUUGAGACACUUCUACCAAUACGGUUUGCAAUGUCCAAAUACCUAACUGAUAUGGAGGAUGGCAAGAGGAUAGCUUUUCUAAAAACAUAUAAUGAAUUAUGCGCAGAAAGCAUAUAUACGCCACUACCUAUAGUUAAUUCUGAAAUUAACAAACGUAAAAGGUUGCGAGAAUUUGAAGAAGCUAAACGUUUACAAAUGCUUGGCAUUCAAUUAAAUAAAAAAGAGAUAAAACUAAUUCGGUCCUUUUGAAGGAGGUCGAAUUAGAAAAGAGGCGAAGGAAUACUAAAAAGACAUCAGUAUUUAAAUUCAUAAGUCGAAAACAAACAGACAAUGCCAUUGCAGAAAUCAGAAAAACGAAAAAAAGACUACAAAACACAAUAUAAAAGUUAAAGACUGAAUAACGCAGACCACACCAAUAAAAAACCCGGGAUGAUCUCUGGUGCUCUGUCAAAGGCUAUUAAUUACCUUUUCAAACACCAUAAAGAGGAAGUAUCAGAAAUGCAAUACUUGUAAAGGAACAAAAGAUGAACAGAGGACGACAAUUUAAUGAAUAUUGAAAAUAAAGGACUGAAGAAUUCGAAAUAAUGAUUAUGUAGAAAAAAGGAAUAUUCAACCCUUGUUGAAGAAGAGGAAUUGAGAUUUUCAACAUGAAUAUGAAGAAACUUGAUCCAGAUGAUUUGUUUGUAUUUUAUAUGAAUAAUGCAAUACAGUAUUAUUUUUUCUCCUGUUUAAACAAUUACAGUUAUUUUCUUCUAUUCAACAUGUUUUUUGAUUUAUCGUUCAAACAACCAAUAAAUGAAAUUGCAACUAUACAUGUAGAUGAACAAAUUAUACCAUAAAAUAAUGUUAGUGGGGUGUCAAAUUUUGACAAAUAUUAUACCUUGUAACUAAUUCAUUUUAGAUUUAUUUUGAAUCUACUAAUUAGAGAAAAAUACGAACUUCUUUCUUAAAAGCGAAUAUGUAUAUAUCCGAUAUGUUCAAAAGGCAGCCAUUUUGAUUUGAUGGUAUAAAAACAUUGUAAAAUAAAUAAGUGUGUCACGAUCAAAAGUGUACAUAUACAACUAGAUCGACCAUUUUAACUAUAUAAUUUUAAAAUAUGAUAAUCAACUCCCGCAAGUGUUGCAAUUUCAAUCUCUAUUGUUGUUCAAAAUAAAACUUCAGUUUGCAAAUCCUAUUGUAACGUGAAAUACGUAUACAUCAUGUUUUAUUUGAAUUAGAACAUGCUUUCGUUUAAAAGCAAAAGAAUAAAUGCCUUUUAUUAUGUAUUUAAAAAUAACCAUUUUUGUUGUUGUAUAAGAAAUACAUAUAUCUGCAGUAAUUAUA